AUGGCCGCCACGUCGCUGCCGCUGCUCGGCGUCCGCCGCUGCUGCUUCUGCCUCGCGCUGGCUGCUGCGUGGGCGGCCGGCGCGGCCAGCAGCCUCCAGAUGGCGGGCUCGUACCAGGUGCGUCUGGACCACUUUGAGCGCUGCGAGGACGAGGGCACGGGGGAGGUGGCCUUCUCCACUGAGCUGGACGCCGGCGAGGACGGAAAGACGUACUCCACCAACUGGACGUGGCCCCACGACGUGGACGACCAGAUGCCGGCGCAGCUGGCGAUCGCCAAGUGGGGUUCCGGGGGCUGGGGCGAGCACGCCUACGACAUGGACGCCGAGGACUACUGCACGGGCCUCCGGGACAAGGCCAGGGUAGUCUUCGACGCCUUCUUCAGCCACAUGUCCGACGGCAAGUGUCCCAUCCCCAAGGGCACGUACGAGAUCCGGGGCGCGCCGCUGACUUUCCAACUGGAUAAGUUCCCGGCGCUGCCGUACGGCAAGUACCGGCUGGACACCGUCUGGCAGUACGGAGGGCAGGUCGUGGGCUGCUGGCGCUGGGUGGUCCAGGUCGAGGAGGACCUCAUGUGACGCGCAGCGGCGGGCGGACGGUGUUGUGCUCUCUCUCUCUCUGAAAUAAAUACGUCUCGUGUCCAUCACUAGACAAA